GCAACCAGCUCAUAGUCAGGGACUGUUGUUAUUAUUAGGAAUGGCUCUAGAGAGGGCAGCCCCCAGCCUUGAAGGGAGGAGGGGGGUUGGGGGAAUUUGCAGACAUGGGACUUUAUUGACCAGAUAAAGAAACUGAGGCCCAGGGAGAAGGGCCUUUCCAGAUCACAGCACCUGGCAGUUCGAGCAAGGACGAGAGAUGAGGGGAAUGACCCCCUUCCAGUUAUCCAUGGAGGAUUAAAGUCAGAUGGGGACCAAGGGUGAGGAGUGGGCCCUUUAAAUCCUAAGCUCCACCUUUGUUCAGAAGGGUCUUUGAGGAGUAUAAAAAGGGGUUCAGUUCCUCUCUGCUCCAGAAAACCAUCUGCUGCUUCUGUCCACUGGGGCCCCAGCCCAUCUCUCUCCAGCCACCUACACCACUGCCAGGGGGCUAUGCAGCUGCCACCCUUCGACAUGUGGAAGGACUACUUCAACCUGAGCCAGGUGGUGUUGGCCCUGAUCCAGAAUCGGGGGCAAGGGCAGGAGGCCCCAGGGACUGGGGAGCCGAGACCUGGGGCCCAGCAAGAGCAGGGGCCGGGAGGGCGGGGGCCUAGUGGGGGCCUGGCCACCCUCUGCAACUUCUGCAAGCACAAUGGGGAGUCUCGCCACGUGUACUCCUCACACCAACUGAAGACCCCGGAGGGUGUGGUGGUGUGUCCCAUCCUGCGGCACUAUGUGUGUCCCCUGUGCGGGGCCACAGGUGACCAGGCCCACACGCUCAAGUACUGCCCGCUCAACGGGGGCCAGCAGUCUCUCUACCGCCGCAGUGGGCGCAAUUCGGCCGGCCGCAAGUUCAAGCGCUGAGGACCAUGAGGUGCUCAGCCCCCGCACCCCCAGCCCUCCUGGUUUAGUCCUACCAAGUCCCUGGACUCACCCCACCUCCCUUGGAGUCACCCAACCCUUUGGAAUGUCUGACCUCCAGAACUCCAUCCCUGCUGGAUCCUGAAACAAUAGAGUCUGUGGAGAGCCAGGCCAGCCCUGCCCCUUGGACCUCUCAGCCCUAAGGGUUCUGUACUGGAGAUAUCCGUGGAUUCUGGGUGCAGCAGGACCCCAGCUCCUUGGACUGCACAGCCCUGUGGAUCCUUCUGGGCCACGGUUCAUGGAUCUUUAGUCCUUCUGGGCCACCAGCCCUGCCCCUUUGACUUCUUAGCCCCUGGGGUUCCAUUCCUUUUGGAAUUCUUGGACCCUUUGGACCUACAGAACCCCACUGUGCUCUUCCA